AUGGGGACGAAGAAGCCGCGGCUCCUCUGCCUCGCCGUCGUUGCCGUCGCCGUCGCGGCCGUCCUUCUGACUGCUUCGGCCAAGAAGUCCGCGGAUGUUACACAGCUCCAGAUCGGCGUCAAGUACAAGCCUGAAUCAUGUACCCUACAGGCUCACAAAGGCGACAAGAUUAAAGUGCAUUAUCGUGGGACACUCACUGAUGGAUCAGUAUUUGACUCUAGCUAUGACAGAGGUGAUCCCUUCGAAUUCACUCUUGGGAAUGGGCAGGUGAUAAAAGGUUGGGACCAAGGUUUACUAGGUAUGUGCGUCGGCGAAAAGCGGAAGCUGAGAAUACCCGCAAAGAUGGGUUACGGGGAGCGAGGCUCCCCACCAAAGAUUCCAGGUGGUGCAACUCUGGUUUUCGACACGGAGCUCAUUGCUGUGAAUGGGAAGACAUCUGCUGGCGCCACCACGGAGAGCAACGACAGCGAGCUUUGA